AUAAGGUCGAUUUAAGUUUUAUUUCUUAUAUCGAACCACCACACUCUUUUGCAGUAGCGACGACUACGAAAAAAAAAAAAAAAAAUGUAUACAUCCAAAGCUGUCGUCUUCUUGGCGCUUGGCGCCUGUGCCUCCGCCGUACACUUCCCGGACCUCCUCCCGCGCAAGACAGCCGCGAACUACCAAGCGGAAGAAACGACAUCGACCUCAUCAUCGUCCGAGUGCUCGUCGCGCGUGCAGUCCUGGGCCAGCGCAUUCCCGACGAGCCCCCCCGACCUCUCGAAAGUGCUGGCCUCGCAGGGCUCCGUGGGCGGCAGCGUGACGGACCUGUGCGAGGUCGCCGUCGGGCUGCCCAAGACCCAGGCCGCGGCCUUCACCGCCUACUUCGACGAGGUGUACUCGUACUUCUCGAAGCAGAGCUCCAACAUGAAUGUGCUCGCGACCAAGUGCCCCGACGAGAUGGGCGCGCCCGCCUCCAUCAUCACGAGCCAGCUCGACGAGGUCCUCAGCAUAUACUCGAGCUUCGCCGUCGACGGAUGCGAAGACACGCCGGCGACGACUACGACGGGGGGCGUGUCGACGACGUUUGGCAAGGGGUCCCCGGUAAGAGGAAGUGCGGCCACCUCGACAGCCUCUGCGACGGACUUCGUUGCGAACUCAGCAUCAGCGACAUCUUCGGGCGCGACGACUAUUAUCACGACAACCAGCGCCAGUAGCUCCACUACUGCCAGCGACAGCGGCGCCUCAACGACCGCAUCAGGAAGUAGCGCGGCUUCUUCUUCUUCUUCUUCUUCUUCUUCUUCGGCCACCACAGUCCCCGACAGCGCCGGCGCCAGACAAUCCGGCAUGUUUGCCACCGCGGUCCUGGCCGCGUGCCUUGUCGGUUCGGCCGUGUUGAUAUGACACCAGCAGCCUUUCUAUAUCUACAUUCACAUCCAUAUCUAUAUCUACGUUUAUAUCAAACCUAUAUCAACCCAUAUUCACAUCUACACUCUUACGUUACGAGAAGUACUCAGAUUGCUACGAAGGAAACGCUUGCUUGGUGCCAUUCAUACAUUACAUACAUACCCCCCCCUUUUAAGUUUUUAACGCUGCUUCCGAUGUUUCCCACUUCAGUUUUUGAGCGUCUUGCUGUUUUUUAACCCUCUUUAGGGAGGAAGGGGAAAGGGAAAGGGAAAGAGGAGUUGGAGGGAGGAGGGGAGUAGGAGAUGGAGGGAAAGGGAAGGGAAAAAGUAAAGUAAAAGAAAAUCAAAAUCAAAAUCAAAUUAUUGAACUUGGGUACCUAUGUGGGUGCCUGGGUGAAACCCCUUAACGUUGUUCUCUUGUUGCGAUCUGUAUUAGG